CAUACACCUUUCAUUUCGUCACUCCAGAGGUUGUCGAUGGCCAAACUCGAUCUCACCCCGGAUACUUAACUCAGACCGUAGCACUCUUCCCUCACGGUACUACCGAGUCGAUCGAGAGCUACACCCACCCAUCCCGCACAAGUCGGGUCGAAGCCGGCUCAACGGUUUGACUCUGAGCCAUGUCCCUAAUACUAUCCUUACUAGCACUACUGAGACCUCCGGCGAGCUCGAUCAGUUCCUCUUGGUCGUCUCAGUCCGCAGUGCUCAAUGAUAACAGCCUUCACCAGGUCUUUAUCAAACUCCCAUCUCUAAUCCUUCGACACCUCAGCCAACACGCUCUAGUGAGUCUCACCCCUCAGCCUGCUGCUGGUUAUUAUAAGCCUGCCAACCUGCCCGGACUGUCCCACCCGUAUCCUUUCCGCCAUCCAGCUUGUCUACUUUCCUAUCACCUCAAAGCUUGUCCACUGCUCCUAACCAACUGGGUGCCUCAUCUUAUAAAUUCUAAAUCUCUCUCUCUCACUUGCCUAUCUUUCUUAUUUCCAAAACCAACAAACACCACUGCCCUAGUCCACAUGGAGAUCAAAUUCAUCCCAAAUGAUGCCAGCCUAGCAGCUCAUCCAUCACCUUCCCUCAGAAAGACAUCCUCUCUCAGGGAUUUCAGUCGACGUCGCGCUGCUUCAGUGGAUUCCUCAGAUCCUUCAGACCCUUCCAGUCCAAAGUCUUCUCGAUUCUCCUGCGCUGGUAGUGGUACAACGGCUGGUGAUAUCCACACUCGCCAGUCAUCCAGCAAUGAGCACCCUCUUCGCAACGAAUUGCCAGCCUCCUCACGGUCUGACGGUAGCAAACCACAGAAGACCUCCUAUAUUUGGAGGAAGACCUUAUAUGAGUACUUCAAGGCAGAUGAUGAACCCAUCCUCACUCCAGACGAUGAGUGGUGGCUAGGAAGCAACAAGCCAUAUACCGAGAAACAAGAACCUCCGAGUGGCAAGACCCGAUCCCCAAAACAGAAUGUCCAGGAACGGUCCGCGGCGGAGGAUGCCGCAACUGACUUGCCGGAAACAACUCCCUCCCCAGAGGCAGAAGAGAGCCCGAAUAACGAGUGUCGAUCCGCUUUAUCAGUUGAGCUUCCUAUAACCCAAGCUCCAUCCGCAAGCCCGACUCCAGACAGUCCCGUCAAGACUUCACCAGCUAGUGCGACGUUCACAGCUUCAGAUUUUCCAGACUUAUCAUCGGGACCGGUCACUGUAAGAGAGUAUCUAUCAUUCCAGCUCCCAGAUGGUCCUUGGAAAAAUAAGAACCAACAUUCAUCAGCCAGUGGGCUUCCCCCCUUGAAAUCGCCCUCCCGUCCUCCGCCAUCCUAUCCUGCAACCCGGUUUAUCUGCAGCAUUUCUUCUACCACCACCCGGACAUUAAACCAUCCGGCCCGAUCCACUGCUGCCGCCAAUGAAAAAGAACCCAAGAGAUCAGAAGCCGAGCGUCGCGAGGAAACGUUGAAGGCAACACUUCCUCCAUUCAAGCUUGCUGAUCCCGCAUUCAGUCCCCAGAAGAUCACUCAAUGUCCCUCCGAGCAACACCCGAUCUCCGAGCUCCCCCAGCUAAUCAAGUCGCUCUGCAACGACGGGAUCUCGCUACCCUCUGGCCGGUCCGAGCUGGAGGGAGGGCCCUAUGUGGCCGUCGCGUUUGACAUGGAAUGGACUAUCAGUCGUGUUAGAGGACACGAGAACCGGACGGCGGUCAUCCAGCUUGGGAGUCGCUCGCAGGUGUUGAUCGUCCAGAUCUCGAGCGACGUCGCCUGGCGAGCCCAGGGGAUUAUGCCCUCCUGCCUCAUCGACUUCCUCGUGAAUCCCCAGAUCGUCAAGAUCGGCGUCGGGAUCCGGAACGACGGCCUCAAACUGAUCCGAGAUCACAAACUCGGCCAGAAGCCAUUUCUCAACAGCUUCCUCGAGCUGAGUCGACUCGUCAGGGCCCUCGGCCAGCCCGAUUGUGCAUCCGGCUAUUCUCGCCUCAUCUCUCUCCAGCAAAUCGUCGCCGAUCAUCUGAAGGUUUACCUUCCCAAGAUCGACACCCGGACGAGCGAUUGGGCCAAACCUUUGACCGCCACCCAAAUAGAUUAUGCAGCCUCUGAUGUCAUUGCCACCGUCCGAGUGACCAUGCAUCUGUUCAAGCUAUUCGAAGGUCGAAUCAGGAAGGCGGAUUCCGGCUUGAUGAUACUCCAAUACAUCGAAUCUCUCGAGCCCACUUUCGAGCGUUCCGCCCCACCUGCUCAGCCCCCUAUGCCUGUCAAGCCGAAAGAUUCUGGGCAAACUAGCACAACUGAGGCUCACAGUCUCAUCAAGCCCAAAGGCCUCGUUCCUCCCAAGACCAAAGAGCCCUCGAUACUGGCGAAAUCUAAGCUCCCCGCGCUCCCCCAGCCCAAAUGGCCCGGCCCGGCACCACCCACCAAACGUAACCACUGGCGCGUCCUUGUUCCUGCCUCGGGACCUCAAAGUGUUGAAGCCAAGAAGCAAUGGGUGGUUCAGGCUCCAACUUUCCUGGGACCCUCUGUAACUAAUCUGAAAACAAAAGUGCCGCCUGGAGCUCAAAAAGCUUGGGAACUUUGGUAUCAUGAAGGUCUGGCGAUCAACCAAUGUGUCAAAUUGAUAAAAAUGAGUCCGAUCACGUUCGCGAUUAACCUAGGAAAGAUGUUGAUUCAUUUGAAGUUGAACAAGCUCAGCUUGGACGAUUACUACCAAAACCGAAUCAAAGCACGGCUUGCUUAUCCUCAAGCAUUCGAAGAUCUGCACGCCUCCCUGAACAUCCCGGAUGAUAUUGGGGACGAGAAGGCUGAGGGCGACUGCGCUGCCGAGGCUAGCUCGGGCACGGCGGAUGGCCAGGUAGCUCUUGAGGAAUCGUCAACAUGCUGUGAUGGGGAGAUUAGGGCUCAAGAACAGACAGAGGGAAAAGAUGAUCAGGUUGUGCUGCCUGUCUCGGAGAUACAGCCGCUGUCCUCAUCAGACGAUAAGAGUGCGGGAGACGUCCCGGUCAUUGCGAAGUCCACUGAUCAGACCGCGACAAGCAAACCCGUGGCCGAGGAACUGUCCUCAACUUCUGUAAGUGAUGUAGCCGCGGAGAGCCGGCUGGAAGGCAACAACGAAGAAACCGUCCAGCAGGUAACAAGCUGGUAUGAGGAGACCGAAUCGAGUUUGAAGGGUGACCAGACGAGCUUGACUGUGCCCGAGUCCGAGCCAACGAGCCAAGAAAUCAGAGACCAGUCUCCAACAAUCGAUGCGGAUCAAGAUGGCCAGAAGGCCGAAAAUCAGGAUCUUGUGAUGGCCGGAACGACAACAGAGAAGGAGAAGAAGAAGAUCGUACAACCCAAGUCCAAGAACUUCAAGAUCGAUGACGCCCAAUUCCUCCGAAACAAAUCUAGCCACACCGAGCCCCUCUUCAGCCAAGAUGAAGCCGCAAGGAUCCGCGAAUUCAAUCUCCGUAAGGCCGAGCUCAUCGACUCCUUCGUCGUAGGCUUCGCCGUACAUAAACGCCUCCGUACUUCCCGUAACUAUUUCCAGUUCCCCUGAGCUGUAUUCCUCUCUUCUUCUUCUUGCUUUUUUUCUUCUUCAACUGUUCCCUUCUCAGUCGAUUUUUUUUUCUUUUCAUUUCUUGCUGUUGUCGUCUUUGAUUAGAUUCUCCCCCUUUUUGUUUUCCUUGUGUCUACGUUUUUUUUUUUUUUCUUUUUUUUUCUUUUGGUGACGUUUCUUGUAUAUGUAUACAUAUACAUCUGGAAGUCGGUUGGAUCCUGGUCCUUGGGUGAUAUGUCGGAGCCAACAUGCUGUGUCGACUUCUACUAUGUAGCCCCCUCCCUCCUCCAGGUUUAAAAGAACAUCAUAAGAUAUGUUUGGAUGUAUACUUCAAAUGAUGAGUUUAGGAUAGAAUGGCCAUCAUCAGCAUUCGUUUCUACUUGACUCUUUUGUUUCCCUUCCCUUUCAUUUCCCUUCCCUUUCAUUUCCCUUUCAUUUCCCUUCCCUUU